UCUGUUAUACAAAACGACAAAGCUUCGUUCCAUCAAACAUGAUGUAACUAACCUCUCCCAAAUCAACAAACUUUCAAAUCAUAACUGUAAUCCAUUUGUGGGUAUGGCAAAUAACUACUUAAACCUCAUCAAACCAUCAUCAAAAUGGAAACUUGUUGCAUCUUUUACCCAAUCUUUACCAAACCCUAAUCUAUUUCACCAUUUUUCUUCAACCCCACAUGACAGAAGCUACUUAAAGAAAGAGCAAGCCCUUCUUUCUCUUUUCAAGAAAUCUUACACUAAAACAGAUGUACAACAACUUCAUGCUCAUGUUAUUCGAUCUGGGUUCACUCAGAACCUGUUUGUUGUGGGGAAAGUUAUAGUCUUUUGCGCUGUAUCAGAUGAGUGUUUGAUGGAUUAUGCGGUUUCGGUUUUCGAAAAGAUUGCGAACCCAGAUGGGUUUCUUUGGAACACUAUGAUUAGAGGGUUUGGGAGGAUUAAUAAGGUGGAUAAAGUGUUUUGUUACUAUAAGAUGAUGCUUGAAAAUGGACACAUUGUAGACAAUUUUACUCUUUCUUUUUUGCUUAAAGCUAGUGGGCAAUCUGGGUCAGUUUUGUUGGGGAAACAAGUGCAUUGUAGUGUGGUGAAACUUGGGUUUGAGUGUCAUGUUUUUGUGAGGAAUACGUUGGUUCAUAUGUAUGGAAUGUUGAAAGACGUUUUUGUUGCGCGCCAGUUGUUCGAUGAAAUGCCUGAGCCGGACUUGGUUGGUUGGAAUACUAUCAUUGAUUGUCAUGUUUGUUGUGGGAAACAUAAAGAGGCUUUGGAUUUGUUUUCGCGUAUGCAAGAUGCGGGUAUAAGACCCGAUGAUGCUACAUUGGUCGUGGCGUUGUCGGCUUGUGCUGCGUUGGGAGCGUUAGAGCUCGGGAGGUGGAUUCAUUCGAUUGUCGAUGAAAGGUUCUUGAUGAAAGAUGUAUCGAUUGUUAAUUCGCUUAUUCAUAUGUACACAAGAUGUGGAGAGAUUCAAGAAGCACGGAGAAUUUUCGAUAAGAUGAAUGAUAGAAACAUAGUAACAUGGAACACAAUGAUAUUAGGGCUUGCGACACAUGGUCAUGUUCAAGACGCGUUGUCCUUAUUUUCAUCAAUGAUAAACAAAAAACGCGUACCCCCUGACGACGUUACCUUUCUGGGAGUCCUAACCGCGUGUAGCCAUGGAGGAAUGAUUGAAGAAGGAAGACAGUAUUUUAACAGAAUGACCAACGAACACAACAUCGAACCGACAAUAAAACACUACGGGUGCAUGGUAGACAUGUUAUCUCGAGGAGGAUUGGUAAUCGAGGCCUACAACUUGAUCAAAAAUAUGCCGAUGAAAUGCAAUGCGAUUGUCUUGAGAACACUAUUGGCCGGUUGCCAUAUGCACGGAAACAUCGAAUUAGCCGAGAAUGUAAGACGACAUCUUCUCGAGGUGGACCCCGAUCAUAGCAGUGAUUAUGUUCUUCUUGCUAAUACUUAUGCAAGUUUAGAAGAUUGGAACCAAGUAUCAAGAAUUAGAAGAUCAAUGGCGGCUAACAAAGUUAAAAAGCCAAGCCCCGGUAACAGUUUCAUUGGUGUACCAUGAAAGACCGUUUUGAACUCGACAGAUUUGUCAUUGGGUGCCAAAUGUAAAUUCGAGAAAAACAAAAAACCGCUAUUUGCACCAACACAAUUAAUUUAUUUUGUUUUCCAUAGUAAAAGUUGUGACACGAAUCUAACACGUUAAGUAGGUUACAUUGUGACAUUUGACUUGUAUUUUACAAAUUUUUCUUCUGCU